UUCUUUCGUCACGAUUUCCUGGAAUUAUAUCGACACUCUUGCGUUUCCUUGACUUUCCGAAUUAUCGACACGCUCGGGUUCGCGCUCUGCUUUAUCUAUACCCACGCCCUCCGAAAAUUACCGACACUCUUGCCCUCGCGACCUGUUUGAUUCACAGGUACACCCGCAAAAUUAGUUCCGCCACUUCCGCUAGGAACUUUCGCGGUUGAAGCUUCGCCAUUGGCGUUAGCAAUCUCCCCUAUAAUCUCUGGUAUACGGUACUGAGCUCAUUGGCGGCGAGAUAUUUUCUAAAUAUGGCAACCCUGUAUCGCUUCAUCCAUACGACCCAUGCUUACAUACAUUCAUCUGCAUUCAUUCUGAAAUAUAUUUGCUCGCACGUCAAACGUCGCAAAUCACAACGUACCGGAAUAAUCGUCAUAACUCAAUCAAUUACUGUGUAAAAUAUACUAAAUUGAUUUUGAAAAAUGUCGAAAGAGGAACAGUUUGAUGGAAUGUUGCUAGCAAUGGCUCAGCAGCAUGAGGGAGGAGUCCAAGACCUUUUGGAUACAAUUUUCAGUUUUUUAGCGAGAAAAACUGAUUUUUAUACCGGCGGAGGUGCUGGAGCAGCAGAAAAGUUGGUUACUAGUAAAUUCCAGAAGUACCAGUCUACUGCGAUGCAGAAAUAUGAAGCGGAGAAAGUCGAACGAGCGGAAAAAGAAAAAAAGCAUAAAGAACGGCUUGAAAAGAAAAAGCAUCAAGACUCUCUUGUGAAUAGUGUAGAUAUUGGAGACGAUAAGAUCGUAGAAUUAACUGAUGAGGAAGCCGAGAAGCUCCAGAAAGAAAUUGAUAGUAGGCAUGCCUCGACAACCGAAAUACCUGUGGCAGGACCCAGCACGAGUUCCACCAGCCAGCCCGAGACUCCUAAUGAGAUAGAAACAGAGGAAGAGGAGGACGAGGCAGACAAAGGGAAAUUGAAACCCAAUGCGGGAAAUGGUGCAGAUCUUCUCAACUAUCGAUGGACACAAACUCUUCAAGAGGUCGAGAUAAGAGUACCACUUAAAUCUAAUUUCAACGUUCGGCCCAGAGAUGUUUCUGUCACAAUUGGGAAGAAACACUUCACUUGUGGUAUCAAAGGCCAACCCCCGAUAAUUGAUGGAAAUUUUCCACAUGAGGUCAAACUUGAGGAAUCAACUUGGGUGAUCGAGGAUGGGAGGACACUCCUAAUUAAUUUAGAGAAGGUAAACAAAAUGCAAUGGUGGGCUCACGUAGUGAUCUCUGACCCUGAAAUAAACACAAAGAAAGUGAAUCCAGAGCCUAGCAAAUUGUCUGACCUCGACGGUGAGACACGUGGACUCGUUGAGAAAAUGAUGUACGAUCAGAGGCAAAAAGAACUGGGACUACCAACGUCUGACGAGCAAAAAAAGCAGGACGUCAUAAAGAAAUUCAUGGAACAACAUCCUGAGAUGGAUUUCUCGAAAUGCAAAUUUAAUUAAUCUCAAGAAUUGAAUUUAGAAAUUAAGAAAUUCGGAACACCUGUUGAAACAACGUAAUUUCGAAAGAUCACAACAGUUUUCAUAGAGCUAUAACGCAUUUUCAAUUAUUUUGAAAUCAAAAACUAUACUCACAUGAAGUUUUCCACGUACGAUUUUUUAACAACUUUAUUUUUGUUAAUUUUUCAGCUACACCUGUUUUUGGUCAGGCAAUUGAAUACAGAUAGUGAUUUUGCAAAUAUUACAUUCUCGGGAGAAAAUUUUCCUCACGGAUAAGUUUCGAAAAAACCGUUAAAUUUUCGUAUACGCUUGCAAUGUUCUUUCACAUUUAUGUAAUUGCUAAUGUAACGAAUAUUUUGCUCUUGUCAAAUGAAUAUCAAGCGAAUAAUGAUACGAUUCUAAAUAAAAAAAAGCAUUUCAGUCAGUAAAGCUAUACCAUGGUAAAAACUCGUCCAAAUAUCCGUAAACAAUCUGGCAGUAAAUUCAGGAAUUGAAUUCGACGAGAGAGAAAUACGGCAAUAAAUUAUUAUUAUUGUUAUAUUGUCCUCAUCAAUGCAGGAAAUUAAAUGGAAGAGAAAAUCGAGAAAAUGGAAAAUUGUAUUCUUUAUCUUCCAAUGUUCCAUUUCACAUUCUAUUCUUUAUCAAUAAAAUAAGAUGAAAUCCUGCGCAAUGUGGCAUGCAUCGUCAUUCCAGUGACAUUGAGUAUCGAAAAUGAUCACAGUGCUGAUAUUUUAUUAACAAAUCAAAUUCAUUUUUAGCAAUUAACUAUUUUGCAACUUAUAUAGGAUGUUCUGCAGUGAAAUAAAAAAUUUCCAUUAAUUUAUGAACUCAUAA